AUGGUCCCCGCCACCGGCGCGCUGCUCUGGACCCUGCUGCUGAGUCUGGGGCCGUGGGCGGCGGGGGCCCACGGGCAGACUCAGAGUCCAACCGGGAUGCAGCGGGUCACUUUCCGCUUUGGGGGGCCCCUGAGCCGCAGCUACAAGAGCACCAUCGUUGGGACACGUCUUCCCCGGAGGACAAGGAUAACUCUAGAGGAUGAGAAUGACGCCAUGGCCAAUGCCGACCGCCUGGCAGGCCCAGCCGCGGCUGAGCUUUUGGCCUCCACGUUGUCUGCAGGCGACAGACAGUCUGCAUUCACCCGGGAGGAUGGGACUUUGGAAGAGGGGGUUGUGAUUAGUGCCAGAAAGAAUGACAAUGCCCUAGAGGCUCUCACUGCCAAUCCCCAGACGGCGGGGGGUUCCAGCACGACAUUUAUAGCCAAUAGCCAGGAGCCUGAAAUUAGGUUGACUUCAAGACUGCGUCGCCUUACCUCGAAGUCUACUGAGGACCCAGUGACCUCUGAGCCUACCCUGAGCAAGUGGACAACAGCUGGGGCCACCCCAAGUCGGUGGCCAUCACCCUCUCCCACAGCCAUGCCACCUCCUGAGGAUCUGCAUCUGGUGUUGAUGCCCUGGGGCCCGUGGCACUGCCACUGCAAGUCAGGCACAAUGAGCCGGACUAGGGCUGGGAAGUUGGAAGGCCUUUCUGGGCGCCUUCGAGUUGGGGCGCUGAGCCAACUCCGGACAGAGCAUAGACCUUGCACCUACCAUCAAUGUCCCUGCAACCGACAUCUGGAGGAGUGUCCCCUGGACCCAGAUCUCUGUCCUGACAGCAACUGUGCCUCUCUGACCACCGCCUCUAACACUUUCUCCAGCAGCCACCUUAGACACAGACCCAGCCUGCGGCCCCCCAGACCCAGCCCUAGCCCUGCACUGGCUUUUUGGAAACGGGUCAGGAAUGGCCUGGAGGAUAUUUGGAAUAGCCUUUCUUCAGUGUUCGCAGAGAUGCAACCAGUAAGUGUUUGGUGAUGAGCCAGGAAGGAUCCUUGGUGGUGGAUCUGAAAAUUUCUGAUAUCCGAAACUAUGUUGCUAAGCCAGGCUGUA